CUUUUGACAGUUGACAUGUUUGACGUUUAAUUUUCAAAACAUCAAAAAUAUUACAUAAAAAUCUAAUUAAAAAAAAACAAUUUUUCAGCAAAAACCACCCUAUAAAUGUCCGGAGCAUUGAAAAAAACCACCGGUCUGACCGGCCUGGCGGUCUCAACAAACCCCCAUCACACCCUGGGUGUUCUCUACGGUAAAAUCCUGCGUACUCUGCAAAAGAUGCCCGAGAGCGCCGCGUACAGAAGACACACCGAGGCAGUAAUUCAGGAACGUACGGAAAUUCUUAGGGCUACCCCCUGCGUCGAAGAGGCAGAGAAGAAAAUCAACUGUGGCCAGCUCGAGGAGGUUAUUGUUCAAGCCGAAAAUGAGCUGCAGUUGGCUCGUAAGAUGCUCACUUGGAAGCCCUGGGAGCCCCUCGUUAAGGCUGCGCCUGCGGAACAAUGGGCCUGGCCACCCGCACAAAGGGUUAAGCAAACUUAAGCCGAGUCAUUGAGAAUUGGUUGUAUAUUGUUAGACUAUUUAAUAAAUCUCUUUUUAGUUA